AUGCCACUUUCCACUAAUCCUACAGUAUGUGUUCUUGGCUGUGGAACUAUGGGCAGGGCUAUACUAUCCGGAAUUUUAGAUUGUUUAAAAGUAACAACGACGACUACAAGUGAGGUAGUCGAUACUACUUUUGCUCCGAAAAACUUCAUUGCUUGUGUAUCAGGAGAAGAAUCAGGACAAAAAAUUACCAAGGCAUUUAGUGAUAAUGUUAAGGUAUUAAUCGGGAAUAAUGUUGAAGGUGUUAAUACGGCUGAUAUUGUAAUAUUAUGUACUAAACCUCAAGUUGCAAAAAAUAUCUUGACAGAAAAAGGUAUGGCAGAAGCACUUGAGAAAAAGCUAAUAGUUAGUAUUUUAGCGGGAGUGACAAUAAGUCAAUUAAAAGAAUGGCUUCCUUCUUCAACUCGUGUUAUUAGAGCAAUGCCAAAUACUCCGUGCAUGAUUAGAGAGGGCAUGACAGUCCUAAGCUGUCCUAUGGAUUGUAGUACGGAUGAUAAAUCAUUUUGUACUUGGGUGUUUUCUACGUUGGGUAGAGUUAGAAUUCUGGAUGAGAAGCAUUUAGAUGCCGUAACUGGCCUUUCGGGAAGUGGACCUGCAUUUGCAUGUGUCGUGCUUGAGGCACUUGCGGAUGGAGGAGUAAUGAUGGGACUUCCACGUGAGGUGGCAUUAGAAUUAGCAGCUCAAGCAAUCCAAGGAGCAGCGCGUAUGGUACUUAAAACUGGCAAGCAUCCGGCUGAAAUUAAAGAUAGUGUAACCACACCAGCUGGAUGUACAAUUGCCGGUUUACUUACAAUGGAAGAUGGUAAAAUACGUUCUACACUCGCUAGGACUAUACAAGAAGCUACUCAGGUUGCUUCUACUUUAGGAAACGUUCAAUCUAAAAAAUAG